AUGACUAUCGUUAGACGAAUCGCAUUGCGUCAAAGAUUCCUUUUAUACCGCUAUCCGAAUUCAACAAUCCCUCUCACUCGUCAAUGGCCUAGAUUAGUUAGCACCGAAAGAGGAGGCAAUGAUGCCGAGCGCAAGCGUGGAAGUGUUGGAAAGUUUCUGGGUGGAAUGUUGGUAGCCCUUGCGGCUGGAAGUGCAGUUGUUUUAUAUCCGUCUUUGACCAAAGAAACCCCAAAGCCAAAACAAGCCGUAAUUGAAUACGAGAAGUCCCGACCGCCCAGUGAAUCUAAAGAAGACAACCGGGAUAUAAUAAGUAGCCAACAUCUCCAAGUUAAGAAGAGUUGGGAACACCCGGGCGUUUAUGCGUGGGGUUCUAACUCAGGUCGAGUAGCCGCACCCGAUUCAACCGACAGCGUUAUAAAGACGCCACGAAGGAUACCAUAUUUUGACGGGAUGCUCCUACGAGAUGUAAAGCUAGAUCGCGACUUUGGGGCGGCGAUUACUGAGAAGGGAGACCUUGUGCAGUGGGGUACGGCUUUCUCGAAAGCCAACCCAACCCCUGCGGAAACGUUAAAAGGCAAAGAUCUUGCCAAGAUCGAAAUAUCGCGUGACCGUAUCAUUGCCUUGGGAAAAAAUGGAAUUGUCUACUCAAUACCUGUAGCAGGAGCCGAUCAAGCUUCUGGCCAGAAGUCAUAUCAGACAUCCUGGUUAUCCUUUUGGUCCAGCCCGGAAACUGUUAAUUAUCGACAGCUUAAGCCUAAGAAUCUCAGUUGGGGCGAAAGUAUUGUCGACAUUGCCAGUGGUCUAGAGCAUACCCUACUCUUAACAUCUAAGGGGCGCGUCUUCUCUGCUGCUUCCAGCACGUCUGACUUUCCCUCUAAAGGACAAAUGGGUAUACCGGGUUUAACGUGGGCAACUCGACCAAAAGGGCCUUACGACGAGCCACACGAAAUUCUCAGUUUAAGAGGCUUUAAAAUUGGAAAAGUUGCCACUGGUGACUAUCAUUCCUUAGCACUCAAUGAUGACGGGCACGUCUUCGUCUUCGGAGACAAUACUUCUGGUCAGCUAGGUUUCGAAGUAGAGCCCCAGUUCCCUUUCAUUGAUGCUCCAAUCCCUUUGCCAUUUACCAAAAUUUACAGCGGUUCGGGACAACAACCGCGUGUGACGUCAGUUGCAGCUGGAGGUGCAAAUUCAUUCUUUACGGUAGAUGCAAAGCGAGUUGCCGGGCAAAGAGAGGACGCCAAUUCUAUUAAGGACCUAGGCCGAGUUACUGCCGAUACUUGGGCUUGUGGCUCUGGCAUUUGGGGUGGCUUAGGUACGGGUAAAUGGACACAUGUUUCGCUCGGUCCUUCCAAGAUCAAGUCGCUCUCUGGACUUUUUGAGUGGGAUGAAAAAGCGGAUUCAGUCGUCCCAAUCCGCCUAGCCCGAUUAAGUGCUGGCAGUACUCACGUAGCGGCAGUGAUGGACAAUGUUACUUCAGUUAAUACAUCUAAUAUCAGCUCGUAUAAUGAUACGAACUGGGGUGCAGAUGUAGUAUUCUGGGGUGGCAACGAGCAUUACCAGCUAGGGACAGGAAAGCGGAACAACGCCGCCUUGCCAACUUACAUAGGACCCCUAGAUGGUGGGGAGGGUGACGCAGAGAAAGGACGACAAAACGAACAACACAGGUUCCAGAUCACACCUCGAACAACAGUUAAGAUCGGCGAAGGCGGCUCGGGAAGAAAAGUCAGCAUUGAGCAGCGAGUGGAGUGUGGCCGUUUCGUGACAGCCGUAUAUUCCGGAGCAUAA